CAGAGCGCCGACCAUAAAAACCCCGGGAUUUGGCCGCGCCGCCAGACACCCUGGUGCCCGGAAGCGAUGGAGCGCUGGAGGGGCAGAGUGGCGCUGGUGACCGGCGCGUCCGUCGGGAUCGGCGCCGCUGUAGCCAGGGAGCUGGUCCGGAGCGGCAUGAAGGUGGUGGGCUGUGCCAGGGACGUCGAGAAAAUACAGAAACUUUCAGAUGAGUGUCAAACUGCAGGCCACAGUGGUGUUCUGGUGCCUUACAAGUGUGACUUGAACAACGAGGAGGAGAUUCUGUCCAUGUUCUCUUUUAUCAAAGCGCGGCACAAAGGUGUGGACGUUUGCAUCAACAACGCUGGCCUGGCUCAUCCGGAGUCACUGUUAAAUGGCAAAACCAGUGGCUGGAAGAACAUGCUGGAUGUGAACGUUCUUGCAUUGUCUAUAUGCACACGUGAAACGUAUCAGUCAAUGAAAGAAAGAAAUGUUGACGAUGGGCACAUCAUAAACAUAAACAGCAUGUGCGGACAUCGUGUUGUUAUGCAUGCUGAUGUGCAUUUCUACGCCGCCACCAAGUACGCUAUGACAGCCUUGACUGAGGGCCUGCGACAGGAGCUGCGUGAGGCCAACACCCACAUCAGAGCCACAUGUAUUUCUCCUGGUGUAGUGGAGACUGAGUUUGCUCGGCGACUCUACAGAGACUAUCCUGAUAAAGCCGCUGCUUCCGACCCUAUAUUUAAGCCUUUGAAGGCAAUAGAUGUGGCAAAUGCUGUUACAUACGUCAUAAGUGCCCCUCCCCAUGUGCAGAUUGGAGACAUUCAGAUGAGACCUGUGGAGCAGGUGUCGUAGGGUUGCACCAUAUGAUGGCUGAUUUGGUGUACUGACGGACUCUCUGUUGACUGGUUUAUGACAUCCGUGAAACUAAUUACUUUAUCGGAUUGUGGAAUAACUUUACUUUUAAAGUUAAUGCUGUAACUCUGCACUUACGGAAUAAAAUGUCUGAGUUGAAGAUGAAA